AGCUGGGUUUGACGAGUCCUCGUCCUUAACGGGUUGUACAACUGGCUAUAACGACAUGGGAAGCCCGAUGGACUUUUUCCAUACAGGUGAGGAAGCUCACGGGGGGGUGUGUGUACCCGCUCGUGAGCGGUUGCUAAGGUGGAGCCAUUACGCUCUGUGUCCCUACGCACUGCAGGAAGUUGGAUUUGCUGGCUGUGCUGCGGUUUGUUCGGAUUCCACAAGUUUAGUUUUCUGUUUUCUCUUCUGAGAUGUUUGAUGGACGGUCCUGAAGGAUUAAUAGCCUGACGGAGGUUUUAACAGUUUCCUCGGUGUUGCCAGCUGCCCCAUUCCUGUCGUCCGACUUUUGUUGACGCGUUUUCGUUUCCAGAAACAAAAGUCGUCAUCCCGGGACGCCUGUGACCAGCUCAGUGAAAAUGUCCCUCGACGGGAAAGAACCACCUGUCAACGACUCUCCUCCGAUCAGCCUGCAGACCGCUCUGGAGGAGUGCAUGGAGGCCCUGGAUCUGUUCCUGAACAACAAGUUCACGGAGAGCCUGGACAAGUUGCGGCCACGGUUUAAAGAGAGCAUGUACCACGCCCUCAUCUACGCCACCAUUCUGGAAAUGCAGGCCAUGAUGACCUUCGAGCACGAGGACAUCGUCAACGCUGGCAGCACCAUGAAGAGCGCGCAGGAGGUGUGCCAGAGGUUUCGGAAGAAGUCCACUGUAGUUGGCUCCAUUACAGGUCUCGUCAACAAGUCGUCUGGUGAUGCCUUUACGGAAGAGGAGAUCCAUGCUGAGGCUUGUUACGCAGAGUGUUUGCUUCAGAGAGCUGCGCUAACCUUCUUACAGGAUGAGAACAUGGUGAGUUUUAUCAAAGGAGGAAUGAAGGUACGCAACAGCUACAUGAUAUACAGGGAGCUCCAUAGCUUCAUCCAGGCAAACAAUUUCCCCAAAGGACCCAACCACAUCCAUUUGGAAGGAGGAGUUUCACUGGGGAUCGGUGCCUUCAACUUGACACUCUCUCUCUUUCCUGCUCGGAUUCUGAAACUCCUGGAAUUCGCUGGGUUCUCUGGGGACAAGGAAUACGGCCUCACCCAGCUGCAGGAGGGAGCCACCUCUCUGAACCUGCGCUCCAUGCUGUGCGCCUUGCUGCUGCUCUGCUACUACACCUUCCUCACCUUCAUACUCGGUACAGGGGAGGGUGAGGUAGCUGAUGCUGAGAAGCUGCUGAAACCUUUCCUGCUUCGGUACCCACGGGGUGCCAUCUUCCUGUUCUUCGCAGGCCGGACUGAGGAGAUCAAGGGGAACAUAGAUGAGGCAGUGGAGCUGUUUGAGGAGGGCUGCAAGGCCCAGCAGGCUUGGAAGCAGUUCCACCACAUGUGCUACUGGGAGCUGAUGUGGUGCCACACCUACAAGAGGGUGUGGAAGAUGGCCUACUUCUUUGCCGACCUGCUGAGCAAGGAGAGCCGCUGGUCAAAGGCCAUGUAUGUAUACAUGAAAGCUGCCUACCUCAGCAUGCUGCCCCGGGAUGAAGCCAGGCCCUUUGGGGACAAUGAAGUGGAGCUCUUCAGACAGGUGCCCUCAUUCAAGCAGAAGAUUGCAGGCAAGUCCCCCCCCACAGAGAAGUUCGCCAUCCGCAAGGCAAGACGCUACAAGGCCAGCAACCCCGUACGGCUGCCCGUGCCUGUGUUGGAGAUGAUGUACAUGUGGAACGGCUUCACCAUGAUCAGGAAACGUCCGGAGCUGACAGCAGGGAUGAUGGAGACUCUCCUGGAAGCAGAGCGCACUCUUCAGGAGGCACCAGUGAACGAGUACACGGUGGACGACAGGUCUGUGAUCCUGUUGUUGAAGGGACUGUGCCUGAAGAACCAGGGCCAUACGGAGGCAGCGGAGGAAUGCUUUUCUCAGGUCUGCAAGAGUGAGAAGAAGAUCAGAUAUGACCAUUACUUGGUUCCCAAUGCCAUGCUGGAGCUCAGCUUGCUGUAUAUUGACGUAGGCCGCAAGGAGGGAGCUAUCAAACUGCUGCACCGUGCCAAAAACAACUACAAGGAGUAUUCCAUGGAAUCCCGGACGCAGUUCAGGAUUCACGCUGCUCUCUCCAAAUUAAAAGCCAACGAUGUGGAUGAGGUCACUGAGCUCUGAUGGACAGAAGUGGCUCCCUGACCAGAGAUACAGCAGACCAGAUACCCAAGGAGAGCCUGGUUAACCUCUUUUAGGGGGUGGGAGCUGCCUUCUGAAGUCUUUUGAUUGGUCAGCAAAUGAAAGGCCUGCCUGCAAGUGACAGCUCUCCACACCUCACCUCACACCUCAGCCCUGUGUUUCACAGGCUCUUUCCUCUUCCUUAGUGAUUUACUCUGACAGAUCUUCCUUAUUGUCUGUUGCACAUUUAUGCUUCUCAUGUUUACAGUUUGUAUCACUGGCAUUGUACAGUGUGGAAAACCUGUAUGAUAUCCUUAGAAUGGAGCACAGAGGUGGCAAGGAUGGUAGAAUUUAGGGUGGAUAGGUAGUUCAGGUGGGUAGCUGCGUCAGGAUGCGUAGGCCUGAAAGGUUUAUUCCAUGCUGAAAAGAGCAUCAAAGAAAACACAAUGUUUCGGCAUGGAAUAAACCUAUUACUUGUUCCUUUAGUGUGGAUAGUCUUCAUUCAUUGAGCACCUUCUUGCAGGUCUCCUGUCUCAUUUCUACAUCGCUUGAUGGCACCAUUUCUUCAGGUUGCACAGGUUCUGGUUUUAAGAACAGAGCUUGGACUCAUGUGCACUGAGCUCUUGUUUGCUUGGCCGAGUUGGGUCAGUAGUCCUUCCAGUCUCGGCUCCAGACUUGAGAUAUGCCGAUAUGGAUUCUGUUCCCAACAGCUGUAACAGGAGAUUGAUUCACCUGAAUUCCCAACUGCAGAGCCUCCUUUUCCUACAGGCUAGUGGAGGAAAAAAUGUUUGCUCUCCCUGCAGAACGUGCCAAGAGCCUGACUUUUUAAAAGUUUUUGCAGUGUU